GUGUCCAUCCACUUAAAAACUACUAUGGACGCCGGUCGUGUUGUGCGUUUGAAAAUGCGCAAGUGAACUCUCCUACUUCGCAAUUUCUUGUCUCAAGCUCUGUAUCGAGCUUUUCAAGACCGGUGACACCCACGGACAGCCUUUCGUUGCCUGCGACAAAAUGAAAAAGGAGGUGAUGUCGAGCGCGCUGUCGAGAAUGGAGCCCAAGAAGUUGAAAGCCGUCGUCGCGAUGCUCACAGCCGCCGUGAACGACUACCUGAACAAAGUUAACCUACUCCUCCAGACGGCACAGCGACAACGCAGGCUGCUCCAACUGCUUGCAGCACUCCGGCAGCGACGGAAGGCCAAGGCGGUGCCCCCUAUGCGUCAGCCGGUGAACUGCUGCCCGAGCGUGCGCAACCUGCUGCUGGACUACCUGCACAACGAGCGGCUGCCCUUUGAGCGCCACUUCAGGGUCGGCCGCGCCACCUUCCGCCGCAUCUGCGCCAUCUUCUCCCGGCCCCGUGCCAGCGGGUGGACCCGGGAGCUCGAGCUGCUCAUCUUCCUCCACUGGCUGGGCAUGGGGGCGUCCUACAGGGCCAUUGCCGGCACCUUUGGGAUUCCCCGGUCCACGAUCCACAACGUGGUGUACCGCUACGUGAACAACCUGGUGGAUCACCUGACCCUGCUGAUCCACCCGCCGCGCACCGACGCCAAGCUCAGGGAGGUCGGGGACGGCUUCGCCGACCUGUGCUCCAGCGAGGCCUUCGCCAGGGCGGGGGGCGUCAUUGACACCUGCUGCAUCACCCCUUCGUCCGGCGACACCCCCGUCCUCAUGCAGGCGCUGUGCGACUCCCACGGCCGCUUCCUGGACUUCUCGGUGGGGUACCCCCCGUCCAUGGAGCCCUCGGAGGUGUUCCGCGCGAGUCCACUCUUCGAGAAGGGCGACUACCCGCCGCCGGGCUACUUCCUCAUCGGGGGCGAGGGCUACCCGUGCCUCUCCUCGCCCGUGGCCGUCAUGCCGCCCUUCCACAAGCCGCUCCAAGACGAAGCUGAAGUCAGCUUCAACGCCGUCUGCAACCGGGCCUUGACCGUGCUGCACGACGCGCUGGGUCAGAUGACCAGCCGCUGGAAGCUGGUGUUCGAGCGGCGGCUCACGGCGCUGCGCCAGCGCACCAUCAAGGUGGUGGCCAUCUGCGCCAUGAUCCACAACAUCUGCGUGGACGAGGGAGACACGUGGAACGACGCCGACGACGCCGACGACGGCGGCUUCGGAAUGGAGUUUGAGCCGGCCGGAGACUUCUCGUGGUGCGUUCCAGGCGACGAAGAGAAGGAUGACGAGGGAGGAGUGAUGGGGCGGGAGGCGCUGGCACAGCUGGUGCUGAGCGAGACGUCGUCUUCGAGGGUGCACCUGGAGCACGACUACUGCGGGCCCGAGGAGGAGGAGCAGUACGUGGAGGUGCACUGCCUGGACGAGGCGCCGCAGCAGCAGGGAGUCGUCGAGGUGGCGCAGCAGCCGGAAGAGGAGACCGUCAUGGACCACGACUACCUGGUGGCGGCAGAGGAGUGCGUCACCUGAGACCGCGCCGGCCCAAGAGAAGAACUCGCGACGAAGAUCGUGGGAGUUUCUACGGAACGUUGCAGAAACUGCGGAGCAAACGAACGAGACUAUGCAAACUUUUCCGUGCAGUUACCGUAAUGGCGGUGCGUUAGAGACUCCGGGAACGAUUCCGUCUGGUUACCGCAACAGCAGCCUACCACAGGUUACGGAAACGUUCCUGGAAAGUUUCUGAAACUGCGGGGCGUCAAAUGAGACUAUGUGAACUUUUCUGUAAAGUUAUUGUAACGGCGGUGCGUCGGAGGCUACGACAUCUUUGCCAUAAUGUUACCGCAACUGCAGGGCGUCGGAAGACUGUGGGUACUCUUCCGUAAAGUUACGACGACGGCAGUGCACCGGCAUCUGCGGGAAUGUUCAUGGAAAGUUUCAGAAACUGGUACGUUGGAGAAGUCACGCUUUUCCGUGCAGCUUUCGAAACAGCAGUGCGUUGAAGACCAUGGGAACCCUUUCAUACAGUUACUGUGACAGUGCGUCAAAGGCUACGGCAACUUUUCCGUGAAGUUUCCAAAACUACAGUGCAUGGGAGACUAUGAGAAAUUUUGGGGAUUUUUCCAUAAAAUUUCCAAAACAGCAGUGAAUUGGAGAGCGAGAAUUCUAUGAAUUUCUAUAGAAAAUUUGCAGUGCAUGAGACUGUGGGAACUUUAGCGUAAAAAUUCCAAAACAGUAGUGCGUUGGGAACUAUGGAAGCUUUUUCGUAGUGUUUCUGAGAUAGGGCAGCUGUUCUCAGAAGCACUGGGUCAAGCUGUACUUUACAGCUUUUUUUCUCGACCUCCGCCAUCAGUGUUGAUGGGAAAUAAACUUACUUACCUACUUCUUGCCACGACAAAUGGGAGGCGCUGUGCAAAGAAAAAUAAAAGGGUAUAGUACCAACCUACAGUAGAACCUGCAAUGUAAAAAAACAUUCUGUGUUGUAUUUUUCCCUUUAAAGGGAUACUAAAAUUUGAAUUAAAUAUACCUCUCACAUUCUGGCCUACCCUU